GGGUUGAUACAAAAUUGAAAUUCACUCUUGAACCGUCUUUAGGUCAAAAUGGUUUUCAGCAGUGGCAUGAUGCGCUCAAAGCAGUGGCCAGAUUGCCGACAGGCAUACCGAAAGAGUGGCGGAGAAAGGUUUGGCUGACCCUAGCUGAUCAGUACUUACACAGUAUAGCCAUUGACUGGGAUAAAACCAUGCGUUUCACGUUCAAUGAAAGAAGUAAUCCUGAUGAUGACUCUAUGGGCAUCCAGAUAGUAAAGGACCUUCACCGAACUGGUUGCAGUUCUUACUGUGGCCAGGAGGCAGAGCAAGAUCGAGUGGUAUUAAAACGCGUUUUGUUGGCUUAUGCCAGGUGGAAUAAAUCUGUUGGCUAUUGUCAAGGAUUUAACAUACUAGCUGCACUUAUUCUGGAAGUAAUGGAGGGCAAUGAAGGGGAUGCCCUGAAAAUCAUGAUUUACCUCAUUGAUAAAGUACUUCCUGAUAGCUAUUUUGUCAAUAAUCUCCGCGCUCUCUCUGUGGAUAUGGCUGUUUUCCGAGAUCUUUUACGAAUGAAGCUUCCUGAACUGUCCCAGCACUUAGACACCCUGCAAAGAGCUGCUAACAGAGAAAGUGGAGGAGGCUAUGAACCCCCACUUACAAAUGUCUUCACAAUGCAGUGGUUUUUGACCCUCUUUGCCACUUGCUUGCCUAAUCAUACAGUUCUGAAGAUCUGGGAUUCAGUAUUCUUUGAAGGCUCUGAAAUUAUACUGAGAGUAGCUCUGGCUAUCUGGGCAAAGUUAGGAGAGCAAAUAGAGUGUUGUGAAACUGCAGAUGAGUUUUACAGUACCAUGGGCAAGCUGACCCAGGAGAUGCUGGAAGACAGUCUGAUUGAAAGCAAUGAACUCAUGCAG